CAUCCCUACCACAGACCACAAAAAAAAAUGGCUACCGCUGCAGCCAUUUCCUCUCUUCUUCUGCUCCUCCUCCCUUCCCUCUUCAUCCCCAUCUGUGGCCUCCCCGAUGCAAAGACCGAGGCCCAAUUCGCCAAACGGGCCCAUAUGAAGCUGAAGCAGAAGGUGAGCCAUCUCCACUUCUACUUCCAUGACGUGGUGAGCGGCCGCAACGCGACGGCGGUGCGCGUCACCGAUCCGGUGACUGAUUCCCCGUCGGCCUUCGGCAUGAUCACCAUGAUGGACGAUUUGCUGACGUUGGGCCCAGAGCCGACAUCGAGGCCCGUAGGCCGGGCCCAGGGGAUGUAUGCAUCCGCGUCCCAGCAGGAGCUGGGCUUCCUCAUGGCGAUGAACUUGGUGUUCACGGAGGGGAAGUACAACGGCAGCGUGCUCACCGUGCUGGGCCGGAAUCCACCGUUCCACCAGGUACGGGAGAUGCCGGUCGUCGGUGGGAGCGGGCUCUUCCGCUUCGCCCGGGGCUUUGCUCAGGCCCAGACCCACUGGCUUGAUAUGAAAUCUGGGGAUGCCGUCGUUGAGUACAGCGUUUAUGCGAUGCACUACUGAACUUGUAGUUGAAACCUAGAUUGAACUACCAGUACUUACCUGCAGGCUUUUUUUUUUUUCAUUCGUUUCUAGUUUUGAUUUCUAAGCAGAUUGGGUGUCUUUGAUUGAUACUUUUUCUUUUUGAUUAAUAUGGAGGAACUUGUUCGCUGUCUCUUUAGUUA